GUCUGAGGCCGGUAACAUCAACAGUGAGGACAAACCCAACCUGCCUCUCCUUCCACACCGAGUCCAAACCUACAGUCACUGGGUCCUGAUUGUAACAGUGGAGUCCAGUUUGCACUGCAGGAUCCAGAGAUGGCAUCAGUGAAGCUGGAAGACUGCAGUCAAACACUGGAGCUGAAUGUCAACAUUAAAGAUGAAGAAGAGGAGGAGGAGAUUGGGAAAUCUGUUAGUCAUGGUAUGACGCCGGUAACAUCAACAGGGACGACAAACCCAGCCUGCCUCUCUCCUUCCACACUGACUCCAAACCUACAGUCACUGGGUCCUGAUUGUGACAGUGGAGCCCAGUUUGCUCUGCAGGAUCCAGAGAUGGCAUCAGUGAAGCUGGAAGACUGCAGUCAAGCACUGGAGCUGAAUGUCAACAUUAAAGAUGAAGAAGAGGAGGAGAAGAUUGGGGAAUCUGUUUCUCAUGGACUAGAAUUAAGUCUGAGGCCAGUAACAUCAACAGUAAUGACAAACCCAGCCUGCCUCUCUCCUUCCACACUGAGUGCAAACCCACAGUCACUGGGUCCUGAUUGUGACAGUGGGGCCCAGUUUGCACUGCAGGAUCCAGAGAUGGCAUCAGUGAAGCUGGAAGACUACAGUCAAACACUGGAGCUGAAUGUCAACAUUAAAGAUGAAGAAGAGGAGGAGAAGAUUGGGAAAUCUGUUUCUCAUGGAGACCAUGUUGAGACAUUCUCUACAUCCAGAGAGCAUCAGCAGGAAGAUCACAUAGCAAAGAGGUCUCACCACUGCACACAUUGUGAGGAGAUUUUCCCAUUUCUAUCAAAGCUAAAAAUACACCUAAAAAUACACACAGGAGAAAAGCUUUACUCCUGCUCUGAAUGUAGAAAAUGCUUGAAAACAUCAACUGCACUAAAAGUUCAUCAGAGAACACACACAGGAGAGAAGCCUUACUCAUGUUCUGAAUGUGGAAAAUGCUUCAAAACGUCAACUGCGCUAAAAGUUCAUCAUGGAACACACACAGGAGAGAAGCCUUACUCCUGCUCUGAAUGUGGGUCGAGUUUCUCAAAUCGGUACACCUUAAAACGACAUGAACGUAUACACACAAGAAAGAAGCCUUACUCCUGCUCUGAAUGUGGGGCGAGUUUCUCUCAACUGGGUACCUUAAAACGACACGAACGUAUACACACAGGAGAGAAGCCUUACUCCUGCUCUUACUGUGGAAAGAGUUUCUCUCAACUGGGUACCUUAAAACAACAUGAACGUAUACACACGGGAGAGAAGCCUUACUCCUGCAAUGACUGUGGGGCGAGUUUCUCUCGUCCGGACACCUUAAAACAACAUGAUUGUAUACACACAGGAGAGAAGCCUUACUCCUGCUCUGACUGUUUAAAAUGCUUCAAAACAUCAACUGGCCUUAAAGUUCACCAGAGAACACACACAGGAGAGAAGCCUUACUCCUGCUCUGACUGUGGAAAGAGUUUCUGUCAACUGGGUACCUUAAAACAACAUGAACGUAUACACACAGGAGAGAAGCCUUACUCCUGCUCUGACUUUGAAAAGAGUUUCUCUUGAAUGUGCCAUUUCAAAAGACACCAAGGGAAACACGAGAGGAGCCUUACCACUGAUCUGACUGUAGGAAAUGUUAAAACACCAGCUGAGCUUUAAGGUCAUUAGAGAAAAGACAAAGGAGAGAAGCCUUAUAUCCGCUCUCAAUGUGGCAAGAGUUUUUCCCAAUUGAUCAAUGUAAAAACACACCAACGGAUACACACUUCAGAGAAGCCUUAUCACUGCACUGACUGUGGGAAGAGGUUCUACAGAUUGGGUCAUUUAAAAAGACACAAAUGUAUACAUAAAGGACAGGCCUCAUCAGUUCUCUCAGACCAGCUAAGAUUAGACACUCCACUUAAUUCUCAUGUCAUUAAAUAAUUGGCAAUGUUGAAUUUGAUCAAAUGAAGAAAGUGUAGAACACUAUUGUAAUCCUAUAGUUUCUCACUGUGAGAGAACAAUGCAGAGGAAAGGGAGCAUUAUAGAAUGUUAGUCUCUCUUUACUGAUCAGUGUGCACCUUGUCAGUUUUGGUGUGAGAGAGAAUAAAGUAGACGGCACACGUCAAACGUUUGAUUUAUGACCCUAUGUCCGGAUGACGUGUGCAUGCCCAUAUUUGGGCAUCCGGUAAGGACAUCCUGGCGGGAAGUGAUCACGUGGUUAUGCCCAUAUAUGUUCAUCCUGUUCCUGUUCUCACGCCUUGGAGUGAGUGCGACAAUAUGUAUAUAAUGCCUUUGAAGUUGUCAUGAUGAUUGAUGUCUAGUGACCUCUUUGAACUGGGGGGGGUGACCAUUUCAAAGAGUUUGACCCCCCCACCCCCUGUUUUAUUGACCUUAGGGUUGUUGUCUAUGAAACACGAAUGUCCUGGGGUAUUGGGGUUGGCAGACGCCUUAUAAAUAAAGCCCAGAACAAGACAUGCGUCCUCAGAACACUAAACAAGAUUUUUUAAAUCAGCAUGGAUUUUGUGAUCAGUGGCAAAGCUGUGAUGACUGUAACAACGGAAGCAGGACCUCGGUUGAAACAUCGAGAAAGGGCCAAGUAUCAAGCCACAAUAUACGAUGAGCCAAAAAAAGCGGUUUCUAAGUGUGUAUAGAACCCAAAUACCGCCCGCAACUACGCUGAAAGAUCUGAUGUCUAAUGGACAUCAAUCGGGGUAUCGGUUUGAUUACCUGGCCUGUAGAGUGAACCUCUAUACGGUAGCCGAAGGAGAAGAAUAUACAGACCAGACUUUAGGAGUGGACUACGGGCUUGAAGACUGGACGGUUUUUCGCAAGGUUGUGUGUCCUGAACUGAGCCUUAUCACCAAGGGGUAUAGCUUGUUCAAGGUGCCCCUGACUCCUCAGGAAGAAUAAUUCACAGGGUGAAAAUACAAAGAAAGAAUGGACUUCCAUGUGGCUACGUGGAGUUAUAUUUCGGCAACGAGGAAACCCGCAACCAAAACAUUUUGUGAUGGUGGGGAUUUUAGGUUGCGCAUGCUUAUUCCUUUUCAAAUUUGGGAUCUAAUGGAAUUGAAAAUGUUCCAGCUGUUGGACGCUCUCUUUGUACAGAGCCAACAGCGGCAGAGCAUUGUUCAUGUAAAGAAGUGCAUAAUAUAUACGAAUCCUGAGGAUUAUGAUUCAAAGGAGCCCCAAGAAGGUACAUCCUCAGAAGGGACAGCCUCCGAAGAAAACUAAGUACGCGGUUGCGUUAACCACGCCCUGAUACCCAAAGGACUGGUUCAACAAUAAAAGGAGUUCCCUUAAAGCCUCCAGUACUUAAUUUCAUCAUACACCAUGGAUAUUCAUACAACAUACCAGGACUCCGAUACGACAUGGGGGCCAGACCCUAAGGACCGUAUGCCGGCAGCCCAACAUUCUACUCCCCCCCCCCCCCCCCCCCCCCCCCCCAGCCUGAGGACGUGUUUGAUGGGAUAGUCAGUACUAUUUUUGUGGACACCAUCAAGGCCUCUGUAGCCACAGAGUGAUAGACGUGGUGAUUGGAGAAUAUAUAAGAGAGAAAUGCAUCGGUUGUGAGAUCAAUCACCCCAGCAAGCGCCGUAUAUGACCCGCCAAGAUACUACUUCUUCAACCAAUUUGAGGAGCUGGUGAAAAGACUGUGGUCCUGCAGGUUUAUACCAUCGCUGGUCAGAGCCCUGGAGUCUAUGGGUCUUGUGCCGUCUAUCCCCAGAGUUUACUUGGUAACCACGGCAUUCCUACAUGAACUGAAGGAGGCAAUCUACAUCCAUGAUAAACUCAAAGAAAUCCGACACACCCUGUUGGACGACAAUAAAUACCGGGAAGCUGUUGUGGCUGAUGUGAUGACUUUCUGGCUCAAUAAACCCCAAGAGACCUAGUGACAUUUUGUGUAUACGAUGUUAGAGAUAUUAAAUAAAUGUCUUCUUUUGAGAGAACUUACAAAUGUUAUGCAUCAGAUUAUUGAAAAUAAAGUGAACAAUGUAUCGUUCUACACAACACACAAUGCCUGGGUUAAUGUAGAGCGUGUGCUGAAAAUGGAACAAAUCAUGAAUCAUGUUGUGGAUGAUUCUGAAGAACUAGAAACAACUUUGUCUAAGAUUUUACUUGUUUGAAACACCAUUUAAUUGUAACGUGUAUCAUAUUUGUUGUUUAUAUGCAUAUAUAUCUGACAUGUGUGUUUUCAAAGUUCAGCGACACAAGUCUGUAAAUCAAAACCAAAUAUACAGGGUGUUGCAUGCUGUGAUCGUUGAGAAAACUGGGACAUGUAUCCUGCAAAGAAUCCUGAAUUGUCUGUAUACGUAAUACUUGAUGCAUGAAUAAAAUAAAAAUUCUAUAAUGAAAAUGAAA